AUGAAGAGCAACACUACCAGUGCUGCUUUUGCUCUACCAGUAGUUCUGCACUCACCAAUAAGCAGGUUGCCUAUUCUCUCUACCAUUGAGGUACAUAUACCGCGGUGGGCAAAAGCGAUUACAAACAGGCGUAUGCUUAAAGAGGUGUUAGUAUUUGUGGCAGCCUGUGCUGCCGCUAACGCCGGGUACAUCGGCUAUGCUGGCGCUGGGAUCUAUGACGGUGCUGCAGGAUACUCGGGAUAUGAGGGAGGCGAUGGUGGACACGCUGAUUAUUAUGCCCAUCCGAAGUAUGCUUUCGAUUAUUCAGUAAAAGAUCCUCACACAGGUGACCACAAAACUCAGUGGGAGUCCCGAGAUGGUGAUGUUGUUAAAGGCGCAUAUUCGUUAGCUGAACCAGAUGGCACCACUCGUAUUGUGGAGUACACUGCUGACAAGCACAACGGUUUCAACGCAGUAGUUAAGCGCAUAGGACACGCUCAACACCCACAGAUCUACAACAAUCACUAUGAAGGCGCUGGUCACUUCGGCUAUCACUAG